AUGGGGAUGCCCAGCUGUGGGGUGCAUCCAGUUUUCAACUCUGAUCUGGUCCCUUCUGACCACUGAACAUCUCACAAAGAGGAUCUUAGCAGCAACAUUAAAGAACAAAAAGUUUUGCAGGUGAAUUGUUCUAACUUGAGGAAAAAUAGGAAAGUAUGUAAGCAACAAAGCAGCAUAUUCUUCCUUGCAAACCGAACAGAAAUGCUUUCUGAAAGCAAACAUAUAUUGGAUGAGCUGGAAAAAGUAUACCAACAAAUGGAAAAUUCAGAAAAGAGUAAGAGCAAGAAAUAG